GCGAUAGUUAUUAUAUCUAUCAAUGUUACACCUAUCAACGCCUAAUAUACCCAGAUUUAUCAGACUGCGCGGCUGCGAUUUAUGCUUUCGUCAAUAUGGCUAUUUUUCGUUAUGUCUCUAGAUCCACCUUCCGUGCGAACAAAGCUUUUUUUACUAAAACACGUUCAAUAUCUGUAUUGCGUGAACAAAAUUUAGGCUCAAAUGUAGGGCCAGGCCAAGUUAAAAUUGUAGAAGUUGGUCCUCGCGACGGCUUACAAAAUGAAAAACAACAAGUACCAACAGAUAUAAAGAUAAGCUUUGUAAACAAGUUAUCAAAGACAGGGUUGAAAGUAAUCGAAGCAACUUCUUUUGUAUCACCAAAACUAGUACCUCAGAUGGCAGAUUGCAGUGAAAUAAUGACAAAAAUAACGCGCGAGCCAGGAGUUAAUUAUCCAGUUCUAACACCAAAUCUUAAAGGCUUAGAAAAAGCAAUUUCCGUAGGUGUAAAAGAAGUGGCCAUUUUUGGUGCUGCUUCCGAAAAAUUUAGUCAGGCAAACAUAAAUUGUUCAAUAAAAGAUAGUUUAUCUCGAUUCCGUGAGGUAGUUGAACGUGCUAAUUUAGCAGGAAUUACUGUAAGAGGUUAUGUGUCUUGUGUUCUCGGAUGUCCUUACCAAGGAGAAGUUUCUCCUGAAGCAGUUGCAGAAAUUGCUGAAGAAAUGUAUAAAAUGGGAUGUUACGAGAUAUCUCUAGGAGAUACAAUUGGUGUUGGCACACCUGGAUCAUUAAACAAAAUGUUAACAGCAGUUCGUAAAGUAGUACCAAUUGAACGAUUAGCAUUACAUUGUCAUGAUACUUAUGGUCAAGCUCUUGCUAAUAUAUAUUGUGCCUUAGAGCAUGGAAUAAGGGUUUUUGAUAGUUCUGUUGCGGGUUUGGGUGGGUGUCCUUUUGCCAAAGGAGCAACUGGCAACGUAGCAACGGAAGAUGUGGUAUACAUGUUUCAAGGGAUGGGCUUUCAUACAGGUGUGAAUCUUACCGAUUUGGUGCGCGUUGGUAAUUAUAUUUCGCAGAAUUUAGGUAGACCUAACAGAUCAAAAGUAGCUGUCGCUUUAAAUGCUAAGAAUUUAUAAAAUAUUGCUAUCUUUAAUUUUUAAUAAAUCAAUCAAUGAUUAAAAAUCUUAGUUAUUAUAUAAUACUAUUGAAUCCUGUUCUUAACAGAUUCUAAUAGACUAUGGUUCAUAACUG